AGCAGGAGCAGCAGUAGGGAACUGCACAUUGUUUUGGAUAGGAGUUGAGCUGUCAUUCCUCUCCGAGUGCAUCUCUGAGAGAAACAAAGGCGAAACGGCAACAACAGCACGACUUAUUGUUUGGAAAGGCAUGCUCAAAUCACGCAGUUAUUUUUUCGACUAUGUUGGCAUAGUUUACGAACAUAACUGCACAUCUGUAUCUUAUGUCGCUAUUUCUGGAACGAUAUAAAUGAUACGGUUUUGGCUUUUUAGGAAUAACGCGCUGAGGUGGAUGUUCAUCCUCUAGAACAGACUGGAGAAAGUUACAUUACAUAUUGGUUAAUACAUUCAUGCAUUGUGGCAAUGACAACAUACACAUUUUAACAAAACCAGGAGUAUUUCUCUGCUCUGUAGAGAAUUCCGAAUUAGAAACUUGAAGUCUAAUGAAGACAGUAACCUUAUCUCUAUGUUUAGAUCAGAGGAGAACAGGAGGAUGGAUUUUGGCAGAAGAAGAAUGUCUUCAAGCUUCUCCACGAGGUGUUUCCUAUGUAGGACUGAGGAGCUCAGGACGUACCUUUUCACGUUUAUGAUGUUUUACCUGUUAAUAUGCACUGAAGGAUCCUAUUCCAAAACCUGUGAUAAAAACUGCAUCUUUGGAAGAUGCAUCAAUGGAACUUGCGUCUGUGACCAGGGAUGGGCUGGAGACCAAUGUCAACAUUGCCAAGGGAAAUUCAAGUUGACAGAGUCAUCAGGAUCACUCACUGAUGGACCAGUUAACUACAAGUACAAGACUAAAUGCACUUGGCUCAUUGAAGGAUACCCAAAUGCUGUGCUGAGGUUGAGGUUCAACCAUUUUGCCACAGAGUGCAGUUGGGAUCACAUGUAUGUCUUUGAUGGAGACUCGAUUUACGCACCUUUGGUAGCUGUGUUUAGUGGCCUGGUUGUCCCAGAAACAAAAGGAAAUGAAACCAUUCCAGAGGUGGUAACCACAUCUGGGUACGCAUUGUUGCACUUUUUCAGUGAUGCUGCCUACAAUCUUACAGGAUUCAACAUCUUUUAUUCGAUAAACUCCUGUCCUAAUAACUGUUCAGGUCAUGGAAGGUGUACUACGGGCAACUCCAUCUCUAGCAGUGUUUACUGCGAGUGUGAGCGUUACUGGAAAGGUGAGGCCUGUGAUAUUCCCUACUGUUGGGAUGACUGUGGCAGUCCUGACCGUGGAUACUGUGACCUCACCGGAGAAAAGCUCUGCGUCUGCAAUGACAGCUGGCAAGGUCCAGAUUGCUCUUUAAAAUUUCCUUCGGCUGAACCGCACUGGUUUCUGCCUAAUGUGAAGCCUGAUGGACAGUCACUAGGCCGGGCUUCUCAUAAAGCAGUGGUUCAUGGGAAGCUGAUGUGGGUGAUUGGGGGGUUUACCUUUAACUACAGCUCCUUUCAGAUGGUUAUAAACUAUAAUCUAGAGAGCAGCACAUGGGAUGUGGUUCCAAUCAAUGGUGGCCCUCUGCAGCGCUAUGGACACUCUCUGGCUCUUCACGAGGAUGAUAUCUACAUGUUUGGUGGGAAGCUUGAGGCAGGCUCUGGGGACAUAACAGACGAACUGUGGCUGUUUGAUACACGUAGCCGUUCUUGGUCCCUCAGGCCGCCCAGUCCUGGGCUGCAGGCCCAACACUUCGCCGUGGAGGGACAUACUGCUCAUAUAGUGGACAAUAGAAAUGGAGAGCCCAUCAUGGUGGUGCUUUUUGGCUAUUCACCCAUUUAUAGCUACCUCAGCCACGUCCAGGAGUACAACAUUCGCACUAACUCCUGGUCGGCGGCAGAGACGAAUGGGGCACUGGUGCAGGGAGGAUAUGGCCACAGCAGCGUUUAUGACAGCUCCUCACAUUCCAUAUAUGUCCACGGAGGAUACAAAGCCCUCCUUGCCAACAAAUAUGGCCUAGUGGAUCAUUUAUACCGCUAUCAGGUCCACACACACACCUGGUUUAUUCUGAAGGAAAGUGGCCUGGCAAGAUACCUCCACUCCGCUGUGCUGAUCAGUGGAGUUCUGCUGGUGUUCGGGGGAAACACUCAUAAUGACACCUCGCUCAGUAACGGGGCCAAAUGUUUCUCCUCUGACUUCCUCUCCUAUGACAUAGUAUGUGAUGAGUGGACAGUUCUUCCAAAUCCCAGUCUUCAUCGUGACGUCAACCGUUUUGGACACACAGCAGUUGUCAGUAAUGGCUCAAUGUACGUUUUUGGUGGUUUCUCUGGUGUGAUUCUGAACGAUGUGCUGGCGUAUAAGCCUGCCAGCUGUGAGGCCUUCCUCGAGGUGGAUCUUUGUCAGAGCGCUGGUCCUGGUGUUCGCUGCGUCUGGAUCGAAGAACGCUGUGUACCCUGGGACUCCAGCCAUGCUAAUGACAGUGUGCCUGCCUCCUUCUGCCCUGCACGCACCAAUGCAGCUGAUAAGCAGUGUCAGCAGUUUUCUGACUGUGCUUCCUGUACUGCCAACACCAAUGACUGCCAAUGGUGCGAAGACAAGAAAUGCAUCUCUUCUUCAAGCAACUGCACUGUGCUUACAAUUGAGCUUGCCCGUCACCCUCGAGGUCCCCUGUACCUCAACCCUCCCCCUGCCAUGCUGUCUGAGCACCAGCUCUCUAUUUGGAGACCCGGUGUGCGCAAAACCGGCCAGUCUGUGAAGAACUAUACCAAAUGCAGUGUUCGAGGUGAGCAGGUUUGUAGCAAACUGGCAAACUGCAGGAGUUGCUCGCUUAAUAUCAACUGUCAGUGGGAACCACAACAGCAGGAAUGUCAUGCUCUGCCUGCACACUUGUGUGGAGAGGGCUGGAGUCAGGUUGGAGAUGCAUGUCUGAGGCUGAAUGCCAGUAAGGAGAGUUAUGAUAAUGCCCAGCACUACUGUAAGAACCUGGAUGGCAACAUUGCCUCUCUAACCUCAGCCAGGCAGGUAGACUUCAUACUGGAUGAGCUGCAGAAGUAUCAGCUGCAGGGGAGGAAACUUACUCCCUGGGUGGGUCUAAGAAAGAUAAAUGUUUCAUACUGGGGGUGGGAGGACAUGUCUCCCUUCACUGCCAGCACGCUGCAGUGGUUACCAGGGGAGCCAAGUGACUCAGGGUUUUGUGCGUACCUGGAAAGAGCUGAGGUUGCCGGACUCAAAGCCAAACCCUGCACUUCCAACACCGAGGGGCUGAUCUGUGAGAAGCCAGUUGUGAGCCCAAACCUUAGCGUGCGUCCAUGUAAGAUGCCCUGCGCCCUGCGAACCACCUGUGCCAACUGUACCAGCCAAGCCAUGGAGUGCAUGUGGUGUGGCAGCACCAAGCGCUGUGUGGAUUCCAACGCGUACGUCAUCUCCUUCCCCUAUGGCCAGUGCCUGGAGUGGCAAACUGGAGACUGUGGCGCUCAGAACUGUUCAGGUCAUCGUACAUGUGGUCAGUGCCUGGGACAGCCUGAUUGUGGUUGGUGCGGAGACCCCACGGACACAGGUCAGGGCCAGUGUAUUGAGGGAUCAUACCGUGGACCAAUGAGGAGCCUGAGCAGACAGAGCCGAGAGAGGGUGUUGGACACCAGUAUCUGUUCGAAGGAAAAAGGCUAUGACUGGGCCUACAUAACCUGCCCAGCAUGUCAGUGUAACGGACACAGUGUGUGUGUUAAUGGCAGUGUAUGUGAGCAGUGCAAGAAUCUCACAACUGGGCCGCAGUGCCAGAUCUGUUUACCUGGUUACUAUGGAGAUCCAACUAAUGGAGGGAAAUGCCAAGCCUGCAGAUGUAACAACCAUGCCAACGUGUGCCACCCCAACUCAGGGAAAUGCUACUGUACCACUAAAGGGGUCAAAGGGGACCAAUGCCAACUAUGUGAUUCCGAAAAUCGCUACCUUGGCAACCCACUUAGAGGAACAUGUUACUAUAAUCUUCUAAUAGACUACCAGUUCACCUUUAGUCUGCUUCAGGAGGACGAUCAGCAUUACACAGCUAUUAACUUCAUGGCGAAUCCGGAAGAGACCAAUAAGAAUCUUGAUAUGUCAAUUAAUGCAUCUAACAAUUUCAACCUGAACAUAACGUGGUCUAUUGGCUCAACAGCGGGUACGAUCUCUGGGGAGGAAUUCCCCAUAGUGUCCAAGACUAACAUCAAAGAGUACAGAGACAGCUUCUCCUAUGAGACAUUCUCCUUCCUUGCAAAUCCCAACAUCACUUUCCAUGUUUAUGUCAGCAACUUUUCAUGGCCAAUCAAAAUACAGAUAUCCUUCUCUCAGCACAGCAGCAUCAUGGACUUGGUGCAGUUCUUUGUCACAUUUUUCAGCUGUUUCCUGUCCCUGCUGCUGGUUGCUGCUGUGGUUUGGAAAGUCAAACAGACGUGCUGGGCAUCACGCAGGAGAGAGCAACUAAUGCGAGAGCGCCAGCAGAUGGCCAGCCGUCCAUUUGCCUCUGUUACAGUGGCACUCGAUGCUCCAGAGGAAGAGGAGGAGCUUCUGCAGGGCCAGGUGGAGGCUGGUCCCAUAGCUGUGGAGCCAUGUUCUGGGAAUUGUGCUGCUGUGCAAACAUUGCUGAUGAGUCUUCCACGGGCAUCUUCUGCAGUGCCUCCCCCCGGCCAGUGCGGCCAGCCGUCGCACCCCACGUGCAUCAAUGAGCCUUGGCCGCCCAUGACCCUGUCGCCGGUUCACCACUGUUCCUUCCUUGGACCACUUUUGAUAGAUACUGACCACUGCAGACCGGGAACACCCCACAAGAGCUGCAGUUUUGGAGAUGCUCUGACCCAGUUGUCUAGCCAUCACAAUUUGGUCCUGGUCAAACUCGCUGAAAUCCUUACGCUUGCCCAUUUUUCCUGCUUCUAACACAUCAACUUUGAGGACAAAAUGUUCACUUGCUGCCUAAUAUAUCCCACCCAUGAAGAGAUAAUCAGUGUUAUUCACUUCACCUGUCAGUGGUCGUAAUGUUAUGCCUGGUCUGUGUACUUUUUAGUUUAAAAAAAGUAAAUAAAAGAAAAUAAUAGUAAUAAAAGAAAUCACUAAUUGUAAGAUGCUCUGAGCAGCCAGAUGGUGUAAUUAUGACAUUUACCAGCAGGGACUAAUGAGGUGAACCAGCCAAACACUGACCCUUUAGAUUCUGGCUGUGUACAUCUCAUAUUUUUUCUCCUCCUGGCCUUUCUCUUUUUCAUUCUCAUUUAAUCAGCCAAACACUGACCCUUUGGAUUCUGGCUGUCUACAUCUCAAAUUUUUCUCCUCCUGUCCUUUCUCUUGUUCAUUGUCAUUAAUUGAUUUUUUUUUUUUUUGUAUCUGUUCUCAUACCCAGUUUCUUUGUCUCUGUGGUGUGGUUGUGUUCAUCAUGUAACCGUGAUGAAUGAGCUGCUGUAAAUGGUACUGCAGCAGGAAGUAGCGGUUCAGAGACAUAACACUUGCAGCACUCUGCAAGCCAGCAACAUCUUCUGACUGCAAUAUGACACUGACACCGACACCACUGCACCUCAUUGAAAGACAGAAAAAAGAAAGAUAAAGAAUGGGAGGGGUGGGAAAAAAGGAGAAAGAGAGGAAUAAAGGAUUAAAGAUGAGGUGAAAACAAGAGAUAAAAUGCAUGUUGGGAGUCCAAUAGUGCUGACUGAUCAGAGGAAUAAAUCUGACAGGGAUAAUGUUAUCCCCGAGGAAAAUCAAAUCCAAAUACUCCAACACACUCAGUAAAUGUACGCCUUUAUCCCUUAAGCCAGCCCCCUUAUUCCAGCACAGUAACUCACGCUUAGUCUGUGAGGGCCUAAUACCUGCUAUUUGAUUUAAUGAACACUGGCACAUGUGAAUCUGUAGGCUCCUGUGCUGCUGCUUGUGAUAAAGACUGAAAAGGCGUAUUUGGCCUCAAGGCACAUGACAGGUUUUUGGAGAUGGUUUUGGUGAGAUGCUAGAUGCCUUUGUAUUUCACAGACACAUAUAGCAAGAGUGAAUCAUAAAAUAUGCAACAGCAUUUCACCUUGAAUUACACUAAAAUUUAAACUGAUUCGGCCUGCAGCGUGUGGUAAUGCCACUCGUAGAUAAUGGAGGACAUGUAAACAAGCCUUAGAUCAAAAGAGUGUUUAUGUUCAAUAUUUUAUCAGUGUUAAGGCAGAAUUGUGGUUGCCUGAAGGUCUACUGAUGUAUUAUUUUCUUAAAGAGGAAGUGUGUUAUUGCUGCACCACUAGCGGCACCCAACUGAAUUGGAAAAAUAAUAAUGAUUGAUGAAAACAAUGAUUGAAAAAGUUUCAAACAUUCCCAUCUGUGUGGACUGGGUGGAUGCAGCCCAAAUCUAGUAACCAUGCACGUCAUAUGUACCUGAAAUUUGUUGCACUAAUUGGGGGUCUAAGAGGUGGCAACACUCAAAGUUGGCCCACUGCAUUCAUGAACUACUCAAAGAAGAUGGAAAACGGCCAUAAAAACAUCAGAACAUCAAGAUGAAUUGACAACAAUGUGUAUGUGAGGAGGAAGGUACCUAUGUACUCAAACUUCAGUUUGAAUGGCAGGUGAAAAAAAAAAGCGUAGGCUUCAGAUAGCAAUUCCCUUUGGCACUGCUAGUGGUGCAAAAAUUAUAUACUCCUCCUUUAACGUAAAAAAGAAGGGCUGUCUUGUCAGCGCAAAGUGAGGAGAUCAUACAAAGAAAUUAUGAACACAUGCAAAAAUGAAAGAACCAACAAAAUACUAUAACAGAUUAUGUUGUAGUCAGUGAAUGCUUUUUCUUGUGAACUUUUUGUUUCUAUGCAGUUUUUUUUUUUUUUUUUUGCAUAUUUAAAUUAAACCUAUAGCUGUAGUUUACCCCUUUCUUGCUAAAUAAUUUUGUCAGAUAAAUAACUUAACCAAGUGUUUUGUUCUUCCCUGAUAUGUCAUAUUUAAAAAUAUAAAAUAUUUUCCUCAUAUUUUUAGUGUGUGUGUGUGUGUGUGUGUGUGUGUGUGUGUGUGUGUGUGUGUGUGUGUGUGUACUGGCAAUCCAAUGCUUCUCAAGUGUGAUAUUUCUUAAAAGUUGCAGAUGAAGGGUGAAGUAAGGAGAGAUGUCAAUACAGAAGGCAUUUGGUGUGAAUAGUUGUCUUACUUUAUUCUUUUGCUUUUAUCUGAAAAGCACUGAAGGAGAGGACAGGGUAGGGUCAUGAUAGAUCAAAUCUGAACUGUGGAAUGCACAAAAAAAAAAAAAAAAAAAACUCUGAAGAACAGUCCAUAUACAAAAAAGCCAGCCUGACUGUUUUUGGUGUGUGUGUGUGUAUAUAUAAUAUAUAAUAUAUAUAUAUAUAUAUAUAUAUAUAUAUAUAUAUUACACACAGUAUCUCAUAGAAGUGAGUAGAAGUGAGUACACCCCUCACAUUUUUGUAAAUAUUUUAUUAUAUCUUUUCAUGUGACAACACUGAAGAAAUUACACUUUGCUACAAUGUAAAGUAGUGAGUGUACAGCUUGUAUAACAGUGUAAAUUUUCUUUCCCCUCAAAAUAACUCAACACACAGCCAUUAAUGUCUAAACCGCUGGCCACAAAAGUGAGUACACCCCUAAGUGAAAAUGUCCAAAUUGGGCCCAAUUAGCCAUUUUCUCUCCCCAGUGUCAUGUGACUCGUUAGUGUUACAAGGUCUUGUGUGUGAAUGGGGAGCAGGUGUGUUAAAUUUGGUGUUAUCGCUCUUACUCUCUCAUACUGGUCACUGGAAGUUCAACAUGACACCUCAUGGCAAAGAACUCUCUGAGGAUCUGAAAAAAAGAAUUGUUGCUCUACAUAAAGAUGGCAUAGGCUAUAAGAAGAUUGCCAAGACCCUGAAACUGAGCUGCAGCACGGUGGCCAAGACCAAUACAGCGGUUUAACAGGACAGGUUCCACUCAGAACAGGCCUCGCCAUGGUCGACCAAAGAAGCUGAGUGCACGUGCUCAGCGUCAUAUCCACAGGUUGUGUUUUGGAAAUAGACUUAUGAGUGCUGCCAGCAUUGCUGCAGAGGUUGAAGGGGAAGGGGGUCAGCCUGUCAGUGCUCAGACCAUACGCCAAACUGGUCAAACUGGUCUGCAUGGCUGUCGUCCCAGAAGGAAGCCUCUUCUAAAGAUGAUGCACAAGAAAGCCCGCAAACAGUUUGCUGAAGACAAGCAGACUAAGGACAUGGAUUACUGGAACCAUGUCCUGUGGUCUGAUGAGACUAAGAUAAACUUAUUUGGUUCCGAUGGUGUCAAGCGUGCCACUAUAGGGAAAUAACGAGAACAAUGUUGAAGUGCAGUAAACUGUAAAACUGUUUGCGCUACAAACCACGUGUUUAUAAUUAAGAGAAUACAUUAAAAUAAUAUGGUAAGAAAUACCAGUUUGCUAUAUCAAGCAGCAUAAUGAGCUAUUUUGUACAGCUAAAAAUAACUGAAAGCGAAUGACACCGGAAGACAGACACAUUAAAUUUACAAAUGGCCGCGCCCACUCUUACCUGAAAAAUACGGUGGAUAUUUUAAGUUUGCUGAACCUGCUUUUGGUUGCUUGUCUUCUUUCUCUUAUUAAUGAUUCUGAUGGCAUUAUGUCAGGUUUUUAGGAUUCUAAAUGUGUGCGUUCGUGUGCAUUUGUGUGUGUGUACGUGUGUGCGCGUGCGUGUGUUUUAAAAUCUGUGACACUAUAUAGAGAAAAGACACACUAUAAAGAGUCCAAUUUUUUUUCCUCUUUCGUCUCCAUCUCCCUCAACAAGGGCAAUAUCUCAGACAGCAGGUCUGCAUAAAGCAUCAAAGAGAAUAGCCAAAAACUCUAACACAAAGUCUACUUGUGUGGUUAAUAUAACAGAUGGUUGCAUGGAGGUCAUAUUGCUUUUGAGCUGUGGAGUGAUAUUUCUUUUCUUCCAUCAUUUGCACUGUCAGCGUCUCCUUACAGGUCGCUUUGGGUCUUUCAUUCACCUAUUAAUGCAAACUCAAUUCAAAAUUACGGAUUAAAAUCAAAAUAAAAACCCUAUUCAGGAUUUUAUCCUGCAGGAUUUGAUUGAGUUUGCUGAAACAAUACCUAAAUAGCUAUUUGGCUGGUCACCAUUAUCUAUACUACCAUUUAAAAGUUUGGGGGAGGAGAAAGAUUUUAUUGUUAUUAUUUAUUUAAAGACACUAUUCAGCAAGGAUGAAUUAAAUCGAUCAAAAGUGACAGUACACACAUCUAUAACGUUACAAAAGAUUUCUAUUUCAAAUAAAUGCUGUUAUUUUGUAACUUUCUAUCAAAGAAUCCUGAAAAAAGUGACAUGGUUUUCACAAAUAAUAUUACGCAGAACAACUGUUUUCAAUAUUGAUAAGAAAUGUUUCUUGAGCACCGAGCAUCUGUUUUUACUAUAUGUUUGAUCAAAUAAAUGCAGCUGCUAUGUUUUGAUUAAAGAUAUCGAAGACCAUUUUUGCUUUUAUUUGGAAUAACAUGGACCAAUGAAUUGUUCAAAAUCAAAAUUGAUUCAGUUGAUAAAGUGAAAAGAUUAUGUACAAUCUACCUGUAACUUCUGUUUCUAUAUAUAACCGAACGCUCAUGAGCACACACACAUACACACUUACAUAGGUGAAUGUAGCAAGUCUCACACUGAGAGUCAGGUGGAAACAGCAGAGCAGAACAUCUGUUUGUAAGAUAACAGAUUGUUUCUCCUGCCAGUACAACCUCAGCUCUCAGACAUCAUAUCAGCAGAGCACUUGCAAAACACAAUCCCAGUUUUCAUCCAUCUCAUCUACUUAUUCAGAUGAAGAGGUUCACUGCCAGUGACUGGGAUAUUCAAGGAGGAUGUAAAGUGAACAGGUAGAAGAAAUAAACACUGAAAGUCAUUCCAGUCCCUCCGCAUUUCAUUUUUACAGCUAACAUUUCUGUCAAACAUAGAUCUCCUAUGGAACUAAGCCACAUCAGAGCACAAUAAAUAUGGGAUAAUGCCCAGUCAUCUGGUCAUUAUGGCAAAAUAAACCCCAACAGGGUGAUCAAGACUCUGAUGUGAAACCCCCUGAAGGGGUUUAUUUUGUGAUAAUGACCGGCUGACUAUACAUUAUUGCAUUUCAAUGACUACUUAUCAAAUAAAUACAUGUACCUUCAAUAUUUAUUAGAGUAGAAAUUAUGUAAGAAAGCAGCAUGAAUAGCACAGGCACAUAGAAAAACUUUAUCCGUUCUAUUUUUUGCCCACUGUUGGCAGGCCAUUCAAAUGCUUUUUCUUUGAAAAAAAGUUUUAGAUUGCUGAGUUUCAGUUGACAAAAAUGUCAUUAGUGAAUAUUUUUUGGUUAAUUGUACUACCUUUGACCCUUGACGACCAUGACAUUGGCUGAUGGUGUUAUAGAGUAUCCUCCCAGUAUGUUUUUUCUGUGUUUACGAGAAAACCUGCAAUGUCUCUAUAUUGCCUGUUUACCCUUUUAAAAUGUCCAUUUAGUGCGUUUAAAGCACAGUCAGCACCGUGGGGAAGUCACAUGGGGAGUGAAUGAGAGUGCAGUCUUUUGAUAGUUUUAUAAGUGAGCAACAAAGCCAAAUUGAUUUUAUUCUGACCUGCUUUAUCUGCAGCUCCAAUCUGUUGUGGCAGACUGACUUAUUUAUAACCCUUUCAGGCAAGUGCAUUUUUGAGUACUUUUAAAAAAUAGUCCUCCUGGUGUAAUCAUAAUGCUUAUCAUUUUUGUAAAAUAUUACAGGUUGUAUAGGCUCCUGUGCAGCACAUUCAAUUACUAUUGCUAGCUUGAGAUUAUCGUUCAAAAAAGUAACUAUUUUUAGAUAUGCUAUUACCCAUUUUCACCAUUGAGAAUAAGACAUCUUUCUUCAGCACCAAAUCAGAAUAUGCGUAAUUGACGAAUAAGGUUUUUAAAAGUGUAAAAAGACAUAAUGGAGAUAUAAUUAAUUUUGAAGUUUUAUUAAGUGUUAACAAUGAGAUUAUGUGGUUUUUAUAAUCAAUUAACACUGCUUUUGUCAUGUUUUACAAGAUGGACAAAUUUGUCACCAAAAAAGUCAUUCGGUUUAACCAAAAUUUCGGUUUUACCGAAUGAUACUUUUGGUUAUAUCGAAUGACGAUAUUUUCAAAAAAUGCUAACAGGCUGACAUCUAGCUAGCUAGCU